AGUCACUGACGUAAUAUUCAAGCGCCGGUUACAGUGUUUAGUAAACGCUAUGCGUGCGACACCUAGAUCCUUUCAAUGACAUUUAUCGAUUUCUCCGUUAUCAAAAACUAUUGCAAACAUGCACAGGUUUGUCAGACCUCGGCUUAUGCUUCGUGAUUCUAAACAGCCAUUAUUACUACCGACAGCGGGUCAACUUUGUACAAAACACAAAUCUGUUGUGUCUGGUGUAAGGGCAUAUGUUGUAUUGCCUCCCACCAAUGAUGAAGAAGAAAAAGCCAUGCUUCACAGGAUGAUGAGAGUGGACCAUGCAGGAGAAUAUGGUGCCAACCGAAUCUAUGCUGGUCAGAUGGCUGUUCUUGGCCGUACACAAAUCAGGCCACUCAUUCAGGAAAUGUGGGAUCAAGAGAAGCAGCACCUGAGCAAGUUUAAUGAGAUACUGGCUGAGAACAGAGUGCGUCCGACCCUCCUGCUUCCGCUGUGGAACAUAGCAGGAUUUGCUCUUGGCGCUGGCUCUGCUCUCUUGGGAAAGGAAGGGGCAAUGGCCUGCACUGUGGCUGUAGAGGAGAGUAUCUCAGAGCACUACAACAGUCAGAUCAGAACUCUAAUGGAGAAAGAUCCUGAGAAGUACACCGAACUUCUGCAGCUGAUUAAAGAAUUUCGGGACGAUGAAAUGGAGCACCAUGAUACUGGUCUGGAGCAUGAUGCUGAAACAGUGCCUGGAUAUCAGCUGAUGAAAGCAAUCAUACAGGCUGGCUGCAAAGCUGCGAUCUAUGUCUCAGAACGUCUCUAAAUAUCUUCAGAGUAUUUAAAAGAGUUACCCUAAUAUCUUGUAAAUAUGGAUGCUACUUUUUCUAUCUUUGAAGUGUUAUAAAUAUUUUCUACUGCACCAGCUUAAUUUGCAGAACAGUAAACUGUAAGCAAGCCAUUUUGGGUUUGUUUCUCCGAAAUGUGUAAACUCUGUGGUUCUAUCAAAACAUUGCUCUGUUUGUUUGAGCAUCCCAUCCUGCCCAACACAGUAAUAUAGACUCAGCCGAUGUUUAGGCUGGGACUAUUUCUUUAUGUGACCAGUAGGAGGAAUAUUUAGAAAGCCUGUUUUAAAAAAUAUAAUUUUUGCAGUUUCAAUGUAGUGGCAUUAGAGUGUUGUAGAAAUUACAUACUUCAUCUAUAAUGACGUGUUUCUCACAGAAGUAUAAAUUUAUUUAAAAUCUAUUUAUUGCGAUUUUAUACAUGGCCAAAGUUUUUAUCUCAUUCUGUUGGGUAUAUACUGUUCAAGAAU